AUCAUAUACGCAUUUGUGAAGUGACCGUGUCACCUCUUAGUGGACCUACUUAUAUACACAGACAAUGAAGUUCAUCAUAGCCCUGGCAGCCGUUUCGGCUUCCGUGUGUUUGGCUGAAGUCGACUACGGCUACGCCCAGGACAACACUGUGAAGAUCAACCACGGCCACUUCAAGUACGACCCUUACGGGAAAGGCGGCGCCUACGUGGACGGAGGUUACUCCACCUCCAACUUCGUCCUGAAGACGCCCUAUGGCUACAGCUUCGGAGGAUUAGGAAACGCCGGUGUCCACGGAUCGCCUGGGCAUGGCUAUGGAUACGGGCACGGUCAUGGAGGAGGGUACGGUGUUCUUGGCCAUGGUGUCCAUGGAGGUGUGGGACAUCUUGGCGGUUUAGGGGUUGGUCAUGGUCUAGGACUUGGCGUCCAGAAAGGUUUGGGACAUCGUCACGGCAUUCAUCAUGGCGGCCUAGGCUUCGGCAAAGGACUUGGCCAUGGUCUCCACGGAAUAGUACAUUAAUAAUUAUACAAUGUUCUCGAAGUGUCUUGGUUUUAUAAAAAAGUAAAAUAUUUAUGCGAA